AUGAGGCAAGAACUGCGUCCUAUCAACCUCAAAGGGACAUGUCGACUGAAGGGUUUUCCUUAUGAUAUAAUUGUGAUGGAACUGUUCGAAUCCGCUGUGACUCUUUCUGCGGGCACAAACUUCAACAUUUGUCGUCGCAGAUUCAAGAUGGCCUGUCUCUCAUCACUCGCAAACUCUUCCAUUUGCUCCUUGCGACGCCAAUGCUGCACCUGGUGUUCGAAACCGUCCUUGGGGAGUGGGCCAUCGAUACCUGUCUGGUAUUGGUUCCCCAUUGUUGUCAAAGAAUAUGUCACGGCCGUCCCAUUGCUACCACCAGCUAUCUGGCAAAUCGAUGCUGUCGGGUCCGGCGCGGAGAACGUCGAUAUAUUGGGAAACGAGUUCAUCCGGACAAGAGAUCUCCGUGGUAAAGAAUGGGCAGACCCAAAGACCAGAUAUCAGCAGCAAAUGAUUAAGGACUAUCAGGCUCGGAUCUGGCCUCAGGUGGACUGGUUCCGAGAGGAGUGUGACUGUUUUGUGCCUGACGAUGAUGAGAUGCUGGAGCGAAUGCCUCGCCAGAGCCACUGA